AUGAGGUUCAAGAAGUUGGAAGAGCUGAGGAAACGCAACUGGGUCGAAAUCGUGCCAGUGGAAGCGAAGAAGAAAGUCGUGCCGAAGAUUAACACUAAGAAGGUCGUCAAACCUAUCGGUGGACCGAGCCGUUUGCGUGAUAUGAUUGCCGCUGCUAGAAAAGCUAAAAUGGACAGUGAUUCGUCCCCAACGUCCGAUGCUUCCACGGCAGACAAUGCCGAGAGUAAAACUUUCGAAGCGGGCUUCUUCUGCGUCCGGUCGCCGAUUAGAUCCCCGCGUUCUACACCGUCGAAGCCAACUUUACUCAAAGCAGUUUUGUCGAGCGAGGCUAAGAAAUCAGCGUCAAAGCAAACACCAAUAAACUUGAAUGCUACACCUGCUCGCAGCAUUCUGAAGUCUGCUACCGCUUCAGAUAAAAAGGCAGCAAAGAAGUCCAUAAAGGUAGUGCUAUUUGACGAUUCAGACAACAACAUUCAAGAAAACUCAGAUUCUACCGAAGAACCGUUCAACGGAUUUGAGAAUCCUCCCGAAUGUCACAAUGACAGUGGCAUGUCAUCUAUGGAUGUCAAGAACGAGGUUGACGUGAAAGAGAACAAGGAGAAUGAGAGAGGAAACAGAAAGAAAAAUAGACUAGUUCGUCAAGAUGCUACCACCGAAGAUGAGACUAUGGUGAUGACUAGGAGCCGUCGUAAGAGUAUCAACACACCAAAAGAUGUUCCGGAAGAUCAUGUGGCACAAGAUAAGACACCUAGGAGGUCUUCGAGAAAAAAGAAUGUUUUACAAGAAGCAGACAGCAAUCUUGUGACAGCUAAGCAUGAGACACCGAAGAGAAUGGUUCGAUCUAGACGGAGUACGGGAUUGCACAGUGUUAAAACUUAA